CCGUGCUGCUCUCUUGCUCCACGCAGCUCUGCUGAUAACUCCAGGAAAAAUGUGCUCCCGGGGUUCCUGCCACAGCUACGAGUCCUCCUGCCACGGCUCCCGCUCGUCCUGCCACGACUCGGGGCCCUCCUGCCACUACACCAUCCAGAGGCAGCCGGUGCAGAAGUUCGGCUACGUGACCCCCUGCUGCCCCCCCGUGCAGCGUUAUUGCCCCCCCCUGCAGAGUUAUUGCCCCCCCAAGCAGUGCUAUUACCCCCCCGUGCAGCGUUAUUGCCCCCCGGCCCCCUUCUGCCCCCAGUACGCCAAGAACAUCUGCAAGAUGCCGCCCGCGUACCCCAAGUACUGA